GAUUUAUAUACAUCUCUCCUCGGCAAUGCCCACAAACAAACAACUCACGAAGCAGUUUCAGCUGUCGGUAAACCGCUUGAAGACUCUCCGUUCUGCGCAUGUAAACUUCAAUAUCUUUACAUCGUACCGCCAUCCUACAAAACUUUCACUGGAGCUAGAGGCCCAGUACUCGGAGCUUUCAUCGGCUGAAGUUCUUUCUCCUCUUGCAGGAAAGCUCUGUGCGAUUAAAGAUAACAUAGCGACGACGGAGGAGCCCACAACCUGCUCUUCGCGCGCUUUGUCGCGUUACGUUUCACCGUAUAACGCCACUGUCACGUCCCUCCUCUACGCAGCUGGUGCUUCUGUGGUUGGGAAAACGAAUAUGGACGAAUUUGGCAUGGGUGCUGCCACUACACAUUCCUACUAUGGCGUCACCCGUAACCCCCAGGACCCGGAGCGCAUCAUUGGUGGCUCAUCCGGUGGCUCUGCGGCUGCUGUGGCUGCGGGUAUUUGCGACUUCGCCUUGGGGACCGACACUGGUGGGUCCGUUAGAAAUCCUGCUACCCACGGUGGUAUUGUGGGGCUUAAACCAUCGUACGGGCGUGUGAGCAGAUGGGGUGUAAUCCCAUAUGCCCAGUCGUUCGAUACGGUAGGUGUGUUGGCCAGUAAUGUCGCUACAGCUAGAGAUGUCUAUAUGGUCUUGGACAAAUAUGACACUAAAGACCCGACUUGUCUUGAUAAUAAUAUGAGAGAAACAAUUCUGACGUUUGUUGGCAAAAGAAGCGGAAAAUUAGUCAUUGGAAUUCCGCUCGAGUUCAAUAUCGCAGAAUUGGUUCCUGAGAUCAGAGAUGUGUGGGCGAGCGUGUUGAUUAAGUUGCACGAAAAGGGCUAUACCAUCAAGCAGGUGUCGAUCCCGGCAGUGAAGCAGAGCUUGCCUACGUACUAUACCCUAGCACUUGCGGAGGCAGCUUCCAACUUGGCUAAAUAUGACGGGAUUAGAUACGGCUACCGUGACGCUGAAACCGAUAUAGAGAAAGAGGGGAGCGAGAAAACCAUGUUUGCCGAAACCCGGUCGGCCCAGUUUAACCCGGAAGUGAAACAGCGUAUUCUCUUGGGGAACUACAACCUCUCAUCCGACGGGUACAAGAACAACUUUUUGAAGGCCUUGCAGUUACGUAAGCAGCUAACCGACGAAUUCAACAAAGUUUUCCGCUUGAACAAUGCUCUUGCUACGGUGGAGGGAAAUCCUCAAGGUGUGGAUGUACUCAUCUCACCCACGCAAUCGGAGGAAACCCCCAAGUUACACAUCUACGAAUUGCAAUUGAAAGAGUCACCGGUCUAUGGCUAUAUCAACGAUGUGUUGACCGUCCCGGGCAGCUUAUCUGGCUUGCCGUGCAUAAGUGUGCCUGUUGGGGGUAAGGAUAUGCCACUAGGAAUUCAAGUCAUGGGACAAUUCGGCGACGACGUUGCGGUAUUGGAAAUGGGUGAAGAGGUAAUGAAUUUGUCGUUGUAGACCUUGUAUAUAAAUAAUAAUGAUGCAUAUUAGUCU